GCCUUAAUUGGUAAAAAAAAAAAAAAAAAAAAACUGAAAACUGAAACCAAAAACUUGAAAAACCAAUUACAAGUAUGGAAAACUGAAAACCAAAAACCCAAAAACCAAAUAUAAAAAUUGAACAAAACCAAAAAACCAAUAACCAAAAGGUAAAAACUGAAACCAAACAAAAAACCAAAAAUCAAUUUUCAAUCAGUUUCAACCCCUGGGUAUGUAGUGUACGUACUACGUAGGUACUCUACUUAAUAAUAAUUUCAUUUGGGAAUUAAAAAUUAAAAUUAAUCGCAGUUCAUACUUGUAUUGUCUCAUUUCCGACUUCACCAAUAGAAGCUCUUAAUUUACAUGAAAAAUAAUUCUAUUUACGCGACACCAGACAGCGCUAGUCUACGUUACUGAAAACCUGAUGAGCCGUAGCGAUUCUAAUAGGGUUUCCCGAGGCGGGGCUCGGGGAACCCUAAAAACGCUCGGAGCGCAGCGCUCCGCUGGAAGAGGCUGGAAGUGCAGUCAGUGCUACCAGUUUGGAAUAGGUAAUGAGAAAGGGAAAAACUGGAAAAACUGAGAGAAAAUGGAGGAAAUAGGAAUGGAUCCUUUGGAAAAAUGAAAAGCGAUAAUGUAAACUGAACGUGUGUAUGAAACGCGCAGAAGAGAGGCGUAUAUUUCAGCAACUGCGAUGUAAAAAUAACACUAAUUUUUAAGCUAAUUUAAUUGAAUAAUUUCUCGUCGUAUUUCAAAUUUUCGCGAGUUGUGGUCUUUCAUUUUCAUUCUUCCAAGUUCAUUGAUCUAUUCGCAGUUUCGUCUGGUUCAUUCAACGAUGUGACUAAUAUAAUCUUAUCAUUAUCAGCGGUGAUGGCUGCUGAGCUGUAUACUUGAAAAUGGCUUUUGAACAUAAAAGAAAUCCAUUUUCUAUCUAAAUUAUCAGCUACAUUACAAAAAAAAAUGUCUGGUUCCGGCGGAGAAAGGAAAAAACGCGUUUUGGUCCCUGGCGGUGGCAGAGGCUGGGAAGAAGCUGGAGGAGAAUUCUAUCAAGAAAGCUAUCCUGGCGCAGAACUGGAUUUAGAAGUAAUGCAAAAUGAUCCUCAUCGGAUUUCCACUCUGCUUCCGAGCAAGAAAACAAGAACAGGGACCAUUGUAAAGGAUCAGAAAUUGACUACUCUUCGUCAUCGCACAACACUCAGAUCUCAUUAUCAAGCUACGGUUGUUCCUAAUAACGAUACCUAUACAAAUAUCAUUACUGCCAGAUCUUUCAGAAAACUUAUCCAACGAAAAAUUACUCUGGGAAGAAAUCAUGAGAAUAAAAGCUAUGCCGGUAAACAUGGCUCAAAAGAAAGAAAUGAAAUCUAAAUUAUUAAGUCGAGAUACGCUCCGGUUGCAAGGAUUCAAGCAAUUCAAAUGGAAAAAGAAACAGUCGUGGAUGCAGUUGAAAGUACGUUUGAAAGAAACCAGCGAAAAAUUAACACUGUGGCGUAACAGUUUGAAAAAAAUCGAAGGCUACUAUGGUACAGGCGUCGUAUCAUUUUUUUUAUUCGUAAAAUGGAUGAUAUUUUUAAAUUUAGUGUUAUCUUCGAUAGUGCUGAUAUUUGUGAUUUUGCCCAACAUCUACGUAACAAAUUUCACCCCAUUUAACGAUUGUACGUUGGUGGACAACACUUCGUUGUAUUUUUCUAACGAAACAGCCGAAGCUGUCAAUGUUCUAAACGACGUUUCCGUCUUGCUGAACGUAAUUUUCCAUUCGAAAUGGAUGAUCACUUCUCCUCUGUAUUACGCCUACUACAUACAAAGAUUGUGAUUUAGACUUGUACUAUCUGAAAAUACCGCUUCCUUUAGCGUAUAUUCUAGCGAUGGUCAUGUGUUUCGUAUACAGUUUCAUAUCGGUUUUGAAAAACGCCGCCGAUGGUUUCAAGCACAAAUUACUCGAAAGUCAAGGCCAGUUCUACGUCUAUUGCAACGUCGUGUUUUCCGGUUGGGAUUUCUGUAUUCAAAACGAACGAUCAGCCAGAGUGAAACAUAAAGCCAUAUACAACGAGAUUGUCGGACGAUUGAACGUCGAAAAACGCAAAGAACAGUUCAAAAAUCUCUCUAAACAAGAUUGGUGCAAAUUAUUCUUCAUUCGGAGUAUCAUAAACGUGAUCAUUAUAUCACUUCUGGCCAUCGCCGGUUUGGUAAUAUUUUUGGCAUUCAAGUCUUCCAACGAGCAGAAUUUUAUUUGAAUCUUGGUGAUUUUUUUUUUUUUUUGCUACUAAAGUUACUCAUUUUGAGAAAAAUUUGAGUACAAUCCCUGUUCACAUUUAAGAUCUCUAAGAAAAAUUGAAGUUAUCCCGCCAAUUUUGAAAAACUGAACAGAACCACCAACUUUUCAAAAUUUCUGAUACUGUUGUGCUCCGGUGAAAAUGUAAAAUGAAAGAUACUUAAUGGCAGUUUUUUCGUCGAGGGGCAUUAAAUUUUGUUCGGAGCUCUCUUGCAGUUUUUUGGUUUCAAUUUUUGGAAUACAUAUUUUGGACAAAAGACGAGCAAGCGUGGACAUGGGUCAUUGAUUGUUUAAGCCGUUGUCGAAUGAAAUGAGCCGAUAUUCAAAAGUAAUUUUUUAUUCUUCUGAAACAAACGUGAAAAGUAACACACUUAUAAAAUUAAAAUACCCAUUUACUAACGAAAAAAAAGUAGUAAAUGAUAGAAGAAUAAACAGGCGACGAGCCUAAAAUACCAAAAAACUACACCAUCUUGUACAACAGUUUAAUAACGAAUGAAUAUAACAAUUACAUCGAGUACAUCCAGUACAAAUUAAUUACCAUAUAAGGUAAUAAAAACGAAGGAAGUUGAAAAUGCCGGUAUCACAGAUACCAACAUUAAGAAUUGAAACGCUCGGAGUUUGCUAAAAAUCACAGUAAAUAAAUUGAAAUAAACAACACGCUCCCUCAAACUCCGAUAUUUAAAAACAGAUAAAACAAUGACUAAGAUUUAAAAAUGAUUAAACGAACAGAAUAAUUAAAACAAACACGUUCGAUUUUCGAUUAAAACAAUACAAACGAUACAAUAAGAAAUGCAUGAAUAAGAUCGAUUAAAAAUAAAAUAAAACGACAAGGUACACAGUAUGUAUGAAUAAAAAUAUCAAUACAAUCCAAUCAAGUUUCUAAACUUAUUCAACAACGUAAAAUCUAGCGAUUUAGUAAACAUAUCAGCUACUUGUUCUUUAGUAGAACGAUAAACAAUUCGUAACUGAUUACUAUGAACUAAUUCUUUUACAAAAUAAUACUUCACAUUGAUAUGUUUACUUCGUUUUGACGAAUUAGUGAUAUCAUUAACUAAAUUAAUACUACUCAAAUUAUCCUCAUAAAUAAUCGGAUCAACGACUUCAAUAUCAAGACUAUCUAAAAUUUUCUUCAACCAUAAAAACUCAGCAGAUGCUUCUGCUAACAAAACGAAUUCGGAUUCUGUUGAAGACAGAGUGACUAGACUUUGCUUUCGGCUACACCAAGAGACCAAACUGUUAAAAACCAUGAAACAAUACCCAGAAGUAGAUUUUCCUUGAAAAUCAUUAGCCCAAUCGGCAUCAGCGAAUCCAACAAUAGGCUUAGAAUUAAGAACAGAUUCGAAAUGUAACUUACAGUUAACAGUUGACCUCAAGUACUUCAAUACUCUCAACAGAUGUUUAAAAUGGGUAUCGCCUGCUUUAUCUUGAAAUCUACUGAGAUAGCUAACUGCAAAGCAGAUGUCCGGUCUUGUCCCUAACAUCACGAACAUAAGACAACCGAGCAGCUGUUUAUACGGAAAUCUAGUCAGUUCUUUCUUAUCAGUGACCGGACACAAACUCAAUCCUUUAUCCAUAGGCGUUUUUUCCGAAGUGUCUGUGAUUCGAAAUCUUUCACAUACUCUUAGAAUUAAAUUAGACUGACAAAAAUCUACCCGUUUAUUAUCACGAUCAAAAGAGAUUUGAACUCCGAGAAAGUUUUGAAUAUCACCACUGUUGGACAUCUUGAAUCGGCUAGAAAGUUUCUCACAAAUACUUUUCAAAAGAUCACAGGAACUACUCACAACAACGAUAUCAUCUACGUAUACGAGAACAUAAAUUACCAUAUUUCCAACUUUCAAAAAAUACAAACAGCUAUCACCUUUAGAUUGAACAAAUCCCAAACUUUUCAAAAAUGAAUCAAGACACUCGUUCCACACUUUAGGAGCUUGCCGCAAACCGUACAACGCCUUUUUCAAUUUGAUAACAAAAUCUCCAAUACCAAGAUCAAUUUUCACACCAUCAGGAAUUUCCAUAAAAACAUCUUCGAUAAGUUCACCAUAAAGAAACGCUCCUCUCACAUCCAUCUGCCUUACAAACCAGCCUUUCUCAGCAGCUACAGCCAUCAAAGUCCGAAAAGUUGCCAAUUUAGCCACAGGUGAAUAAACUUCACUGAACUCACUCUCCUCUUGUUCAAAACCCCUAGCCACUAGACGAGCCUUGAAACAAUUAGCACUCUUUUUCCGAAACACCCACCUUGAGGAGAUAACAGUAGCAUUAGCAGGUCUUUUUACAAACGAAAACACUUCUUGCUCGUUAAUAUUAUCAAUUUCAUCUUGCAUAGCUCGCUUCCACGAAUUCCAAUCAGCUGAUUUCCUCGCCUCACUCACGUUCACCGGAAUAUCACUUAAAAUUUUUUCAAUACUAUAAACACAGUUAACAGGUACAUUUUCAAUCUGAUCCAAAUUCACCAUAUCAAAACGAUCACUUUCUUUCUCAUUAGGAACCAUGGCCAAAUUCUCAUCAAAAACAACAUCACGAGAUAACGAAAUUUUACCAGUUUCUUCAUUCAACAUCCGAAAACCACCAGGAGCAUAGCCAACGAAUCUCAAUUUUUCACUUUUAGCAUCAAACUUCAAAUCAACUUUGUUCUUCAAAACAUAACUAUAGCAACCAAACGGAUGCAAAUUAUCAUAGUUGACUUUUCCAUUGAACCAAACUUGAGCUGGAAUAAUAUCACCAACAGUAGGCGAACGAUUAAUCGAAUAUGCCGCAUAAAAUAUAGCCUCCGUCCAAUAGGUGGCACUAAUACCACUUUCCAACAAAGCUGUUCUAGCUCUCUCGAUCAACGUUCUGUUCAAUCUCUCCGCCCUACCGUUCUGCUGUGGCCUGUAAGGUAUUGAAUUCUGAAUAUCUAUACCAUGACUAGAACAAAAAUUUAUCAUCUCAUUACUAUCAUAUUCUCCACCAUUAUCACACCUUAAGGCACAGAUUUCCGAAUCAAAACGAUUAGUAACCAACGAUCUAUACUCCUUAAAUUUCUGAAAAACAUCAGACUUCCGAGAAAUGGCAUAAACGUAAACAAAAUGACUAAAAUCAUCAAGAAAGGUAACAAAGUAAGUUUUUAAAUCAUGAGAGACAGGUGUAAUCGGACCAACGACAUCCGAAUGAACAAGUUCCAAACACCUCGUAGCUCUCUUAUUAUUCUCAGAAAAAGAUAACAUCCGCUGUUUACCAUACAUACACGGUUCACAAAGUUCAACACCAGAAACAUUACUCAAACCUUUAAUCAACUCCAUUUUACCCAAUUUCAUCAAAUCACCGAAAUUCAAAUGACACAAUCUCCGAUGCCAUAAAUCCGUUACUUCACUUCUACUUUUACUAACAGCACCAACAAACAUUGAAUCAGAAUUACAACGAACUACUUCGAAUCGUAUCUCAUACAAAUUACCCUUCCUUUGAACAUUCGCCACCACCUUCCCAGUAGUCUUCUCAUACAUAAAAGCACCAGUAUCAGUAAACGUAAUCAAUAAACCCCUAUCAGAAAUAGCACCAACAGACAAAAGAUUUUGAUCCAACUCUUUAGAAUAAUAAACGUUUUUAAUCAUACCAAAACGACCAUCUUCACAACGACAACGAAUAUUCCCUAAUUUAGUAGCCUUUAACGUUCCUUGAUUUGCUACUCUGAACAACACAGGAGUUUUCAAUUCAAUAAAAUUUUCAAAAUAGACAUCCGUAUUUACAAUAUGAUCGUUACUGCCAGAAUCUAGCUUGAAAUAUAAGUAACGAUCAUCAUCUUUUCUAAUCUCAUUAACAGAAUUAACACAACUUGAAUUCAAAUCACUCCUACUCAAAGUAAACACAACCAUAUUCGCAUUACGAUCAGUAUUCUGACCAUUAUCAGAACCAUUGUUUCCACCAUUAAAAUUACCACUAUUAUUACUACGAUUUCUCUGAUUAUUACCACUAUUAUUAUUAGCAGGAUUAGAAUAACAUCUAUUAGCAGUAUGCCCUAUUCUAUUACACACAUAACAACGAAUAUUGACACGAUUAAAAUUACCAUUGUUGUUAUUAUUAUUAAAAUUGUUACCAAAACGA